AAUAAAAACAUGCUGAAAACAUAACAAAACUAAAAACACAAAAAAAAAUACGUUUAAACUGUUUAUUGUUACGUUGGUUUGUUUUAAUUUAAACCCAAAGACCGCUCAUCGUUAUGCGUUUUUGUCGCUUCGGUUGCUCUUGUUUUAAAAUUGAUUAUUAGGAAAAAAAGUAAAGGCAAGAAAAUUUGUCGAAGGAGAAGGUGGAGGUGGAAGAAGGGAGGUAGUGACACAGCGGAGGAAAUAAAAAAAAAAACAGACAGAAAAGAAAGUACGACUGGUGCGAAGCAACCUAAUUAGGCCAGCCGCCGCCCGCGCCUAGAUUACAAGAGGAAAACGUAGAAAGGGAAAAGGGAACGGAAACUUUAGUAGGUCACUGCCGUUCCAGGCUCAAGGACAUCCAGGAAACGAGGCUCACUUUCGCGCAGACACACGCACUCACACACACCCAUACAUCAAGUUUGGCAAUGAAAGUGUGCACUGGCAAUGAGCUCUGCCAAACUUGAGCUGGAGUUGCUCCCCAUGGCCGCUAACGAGAGAAAACAAUCCGGUAGCAAGGUGGAAUUGACAAAAUUAAACCACGAUUUGGUAGAAGAAUGCAAACGUAGUCAGGAGGACUCAAUAUUAUCGCGUCAUCUUCGUCAUGAGCUGGAAAAAUUGCCACGCGAGUCCCGUCGAGAAUUGGUCCGAAAAAACAGAAAUGGAUGUGCUCCUCUUUUCAUUGCCUGUAAGCGGGGAGCGGUGGUAAUAGCCGAAUAUCUCAUCACAAUAUGUGAGGCCGAUAUCGAACAAAAGGGACACUUUGAGGUGCCCGAGGACAAUAGUUUUCAUUAUGUGACACCCUUGUGGGCGGCAGUAGUUUCAGGCCGAUUGGCCAUGGUCAAGUACUUGGUUCGCAUAGGUUGUGAUAUCAAUGCGACCUCGGAUUCGGGAUCUACACCUGUCCGCAGUGCCUGUUAUAUGACCCAUGUGGAUAUCGUGAAAUUUUUGGUCGAGAAUGGAGCCGAUAUCAAGAAACCCAACAUUAAUGGCGGAACAUGUUUAAUCAAUUCUGUUCAAUCUGUGCAAUUGUGUCUGUAUCUGGUGAAGAAAGGGGCUGACAUAAAUGCGCGUGAUAUACAGGAUAAAACGGCUCUGCACUAUGCUAUCCAGGAGCAUCGACUGGACACCACUCGAAUGCUGAUUGAACAGGGUGCCGAUCCGUAUGCCCAGAGUCGGUAUGGUGACGAUGCAUUGCGUACAUCCUGCCUGAAGGGUGCCCAUCAGAUCUUUGAUUACUUGAAAAAGGAACUGAACUAUACCGCCGCACGGCUGGCAGAGGCUCACGAGCUAAUGGGCUCCACAUUUCUGGACGAACACAAUGAGUCAAGAGUCUGCAUUUUGCAUUGGCGCAUGGCCCAUCACAUCAGAUCGGCGUAUACGCCGUACAUUGAGAAGAAACCCAGUGUCCCUUUGCGUAGUGCUUAUGAUAAUGCCAAGGAAUUUGUUACUCUGGAGGAACUGGAUAACAUUGCCACCGACAUGGAUGCCAUGCGCACCCAAAGUCUGUUGAUAUGCGAACGUGUGCUUGGACUGACACACAAAGAUAUGCUCUUCCGACUGACUUUCCGUGGAGCCUCGUAUGCGGAUUCGUUGCAAUUGCAGCGGUGUAUUGAUCUCUGGCGCUUUUUGCUGGAGGUGCGCGUCUCCAAUUGGUCUAUACUCCAUUUUGAGACUUGCUUUGCGGCCCAGGCAUUGGUGCGUCUAAUGUUGGAUUUGCAUGCCCAAAACACCAGUCACAUUCGAAGUGCUGAUGCAAGAGCCCGUUUUGUGCAUCAGGAGAAUGUUCUGCCCCGUUUCGAUGAUGUACUGGGAGUGUUUCGCACUCUGGCCGAAAGCGCUGUUGAGGUUAGGCAUUUGCUGCAAUUGCGUCCAGUUUUUCGACGACAGCAGGAGAACUAUGAUCGAGUCAUGCGUUGUCUAGCUCAUCUUAUUUAUUUGCUGAUCAACACCGUCCAAACUGAGGCUCAGCGCAAGCUUAUCUUCAGGGCCAUUCGCGAGACUGUUGUGGUUGGCAAUUUGCGCAGUGCCAGCACUUCGGAUACUCUGCUCCAUCUCUGCUCAUCAAGAUUGAAUGUUAUUAAAAGCGGCUACAUCACUGACGACAAUUUUGCCGAUAAGACUGUGUUUCCCAAUGCCGAUGUCAUCAAAUUGCUCAUCGAGUGUGGGAUUGAUGUCAACAUCAAAAACGAAGCCAAAUCAUCACCCCUUCAUGUGGCCUGUCUGCCCUAUAAUUAUGACAAUGAGAUUGUUCACCUGUUGCUAAAAUGUGGAGCCGAUAUUGAUCAGCCAAAUCGUGCCGAUAAGCGACCCUAUGACUCGAUUGCCUCGAAUCCCACCAGCACCAUACCGCUGCUCAAUUAUGUGACCCUACAGUGCCUGGCAGCGACUGUUAUUAGCAAGCACAGGAUACCCUAUCGUAAUCAGUUGCAUAAGCAACUCGAGAAGUUUGUCCAUGAUCAUGAACCUUAAAAAGGCAGAGGCAAGCGUUAUGUCUCCACUCCACACCAUCCCCCGCCCCACAACCCACUCCCACCCUAAACCCAUUUUCUCCAUUUUUGUCAAAAUUGUAUGGCGUUCUUUUCGAUUUAUGAUGUGUGCGACAAAAUUUUGGUCAACUUUAGAUGUAGGAGAAAAAUUUAACCAGUGUUCUAUUGGCUACAUCGCGCUAAUCUCUAACGAUCUAUCUAACUCUAAUGUUAAUUCGGCUUAAAUCUAGUUUACGAUAAGCGAGCAACAAAAACAAUGUUAAAAAACAAAACGUGUAAACGAUAAAAGUGAUAUUAAAAACUAUAUAGAAAAUGUA